UUCCAUCUUAAACAUCUCUCAGGAUCCUAUCUUUAGGGUUUCAAAAAUUUCUUCAGAAAUAUCUCUCGAGUCUCGAUUACUUAAGCAACAUACACAAAGUAUGGAGUGUGAAAGAUCAUCGUCGUCCACUUCGUCAGAAACCGGAGCCGUUCUUCACCAUCGUUCUUCUUCGUCGGUCUCCACCGUGACGAGACGAAUGUACGAGUGCACUUUCUGCAAAAGAGGUUUCACGAACGCACAAGCUUUAGGUGGUCACAUGAACAUCCAUCGACGUGACCGUCUCAACAAGGCGGUCAAGCUGCAAAACGACGCUGACUUAGCACUCUCCGGUGCUCGAAGAUGUUUCCACGUGGCAUCUUCCGAUCGUGGAGGCUAUGAGCAAGUAGACUCAGUCGUCAUGAGGACGACCACGAACUUGAGCUUACGAGUUGGAUCGAUGGUUACAAGGAGAGAAAACGUCGUCGUUGAAGGAGAUGAAAUCGAUUUGGAGCUACGUCUAGGCUUAUGAGAUCAUCAACCACUAUAUCUAUAUUUGUAUAAUACGUUUUUUGGGUGUUUAUUGUAUGUUUAUCGAGGCUGUUAUAUGUGUAUGUAAUAUAGGGGCGCAUAUGAGGAGUUUUACUAUAUAUCAAUGUAAAAUAUGUUUAGGUGGUUAUCUAAUUACGCAUGUUUUGUGAUCGAAC